GCAAAGUUCCCCGAAAAUACAAUGAGUGCUUUCAUGCAUGCGGUUGAAGUUGGUGCGCAUGCGAUUGAGACGGAUAUCCAUCUCUCAAGAGACGGCGUGGUGGUUCUUUCUCAUGAUGCUACGCUUAAACGCUGUUUUGGCGUCGACAAACGUGUCAUCGACUGCGAUUGGAAAUGCUUGAGUGCCCUACGGACCGUGAAGCCUCCACACAGACCCAUGCCGCGCCUGAUAGACCUGCUGGAUUAUAUAGCUGCCCCGGAGCGCGCGAACGUGUGGAUAAUCCUGGACAUAAAGGCUGACAAUAAUGCACAUAAUGUAAUAACCGCCCUUAGCCAGGCCUUCGACUCCGUCGCAUCUCCCCAUCGACCCUGGAAUGAGCGUGUGGUACUAGGCUGCUGGACGGCCGAAUAUCUUUCCAAAGUGCGACACCAUUUCCCCUCAUACCCGCUUGCCAUAACGACUUUUUCCAUCCAAUAUGCCCGCCAGUUCAUAUCCCUUCCGGGGGUUAAUCUCAGUGUGAAUCAGAAAGUGCUUAUGGGGUGCGGUGGGAGGAGAUUCCUCGCGGAUGCCAAGCGAGCUGGGAAGGCUGUGUUUGUGUGGACUGUAAAUAAAGAGGUGCUGAUGCGCUGGAGUGUAAGAAGGAGAGUGGAUGGAGUGAUUACCGAUAAGCUGGCUUUGUUUGGCGAGAUUGUGCGAGAAUGGGAGGACGAUGGUUAUGGGGAUGGGUUUGCAAGUGAUGAGGCGGAGAUCAGCUUAGAACAGAGGCUCGUGGCGCUGGCUGCGGCAGUGGCGUCGUGGGUGCUUGGGAUGCUGUUGAUGUUGAUAUACCCAGUUAGGAUUGCGAGGUUGGACAGCACAGUGGAGGAUUCCCUCGGCUAUGCCUAAGUUAUAC